CGCGAUAGCGCGAGCACGCCGUACGGUAUACGGACCGCCAGUCCGUACGCUCGCGCUUAUCGGGGCGGGUGUCAGUCCGGUGUCAUCGUUGCGUUGUCGUGUCGCGCCGAUUUUUGGAUGUUCCUGAAGUGUCUGAUAAAGCUGACUGAAAUGAGAGCUUUUUUGUGUCGUGCGAUUUUUCUGGGUUAAUGCAACAUUGAAUCGUGGUGGGUUUUAGUUUGUGGGGAGCGGGCCUUCGGAAAAGUGUUUUUCUUGUUGGUACGAGGCGGCGCACGAGCCCGUAGUGUCGAUUCGGUGGAUGGUGCGGCGCGGGCGGACGCCGGGGUGCGGCCGGCGGCGCCGCUAGCAAAAUGUCGAUACCCCUGGGCCGGGAGACUGUUCUCCCUACGCAGUGCAUGGCGCGAGCACUAUACGAUAACAUAGCGGAGUCACCGGACGAGCUGGCCUUCCGACGCGGCGAUCUGCUCACCGUCCUGGAGCAAAACACCGGCGGCAGCGAGGGCUGGUGGCUCUGUUCGCUGAGAGGUAGACAGGGAAUAUGUCCUGGAAACAGACUGAGGAUUGUGGCGGGGGUCUUCGAUGCAAGCUCCGCGAUGCAGAGGCGGCGUGCUCGCACCCCCGCGCCGGUCGCUCAUCAACCUCUACCCGCGCAACUGUCGCCCGCAUUCACAAAAAUUGAAGAAUGCUCACAUUACGACGUACCUCGCGCGCCGAUGCCUGUUCAGCGUAUAAUCGGGACCUAUGACUGCCCAAGGCUCGCCACAGACUUGUACGACGCUCCAAGAGCGCCGCGGCCAGCGAGCGCGGAUUCAGCUUGCAGCGGUACCGGCUCACUAACUUCGGCUACGUCAAGUGCAUCAGCCAACUCUGGCAGUUCCGCACAUUCCGCCGCAUCUGCGUCCAGCACGUAUGACGUGCCGCGGACCCGUGCGCUACCUUUACCUUGUGAUGCGGCACUGGAAGCUCUUGAAAGGCUACAGGAGGAAGCGUCAGCGGCAGUCUCGCGGCUGCUAUCGUACGUGUCCCCGGGCUGGCGGCGGCGCGGAGCGUUGCGGCCGCGCGUUUUAGACGUGCGCGUGGCUGGCGCGCGACUGCGGGCCGCCUUACACGACCUCGCCGUCUUUGCCGACGCUACGCUGGCCAACGCGCAUGAUGCCCAAGACAAAGGUAUCGCAGUAAAGCUACGGCCGCUAGUGAAGGCACUCAAAGACGCUGAGCGCAUAACACACGAAGCAACGAGUGCUUUAGAUGCGGGCGACUGGGCACCGGACCGGUUGGAACGCGACCGCGAGCCGACCGACGGGACACAGGACGCCUUAGACCAGCUUGUGGCGUGCGCAAGGUCCUUAACUGAGGAUGUUAGGCGGGCGGCGUCGUUCAUACAUGGAAAUGCUUCGCUAUUGUUCAGGCGAUCGCCGGCAGUUCCGGAACACGAAUGGACCGAAGAAUAUGACUAUGUUCGGCUGGAGUCAAGAACUGCGGUGGGCAGAAGAAAUGCUGAAAUCCGUGCAGCACUGCCAGAUAAACUGAGGGCUUCCUUCGACGCGCUUGUACGAGACGCUGAUCAUGCGGGCGAGGUGAGCGCGGUAGCAGCUGCCACAAGGUUACCUCCGGACGAUCGGCAACUGGCGGCAUUCUACGCAGCACAAACCGCCACGUACGGCGCCCACCUCUCAACAGCAGUUGAAGCAUUCCUGCGGACCAUUGAAAUGGGACAACCUCCCGAUGUCUUCCUCGCUCACGGCAAAUUCGUUGUCCUGAGCGCUCAUAGAAUAGUUCACGUUGGCGAUACUGUGCACAGGAGCGCACAACACGCCGGUCUCAAAGCGAAGAUACUUCGCUGUUCCGAUGCAUUAUCAGACGCACUUGCUGCAACGGUUGCGAAAACGAAAGCGGCUGCACUGCAGUUCCCAUGCGCGAGUGCUGUCGCGGAAAUGGCCGAAUCUGCACGAACACUCGCAUCAAGAGCCCAGGAGUUGCGAAGGGCUCUUAUAAGAGCGGCAGAACCUCCUCAGGACUCUACACCUGGCACAACUGUUCCACCGUCGUCGACUGCAACUCCUCUAACACCAUUGACUCCCCUCGCUCCACACACCAUCGGUUCGCCAUCGCUUCCCGUGUUAUAAGCUGUAUUUAUGACAUAGCUGAGUUGAAAAGCUGUGAUAGUUCGCUUAGCUGAAAGUGAAGCAGCCCGACAAAUAAUAGGGGUUGCAUGCACAAAUUUUGUGGAAUGUGGUUCUACACAAACUCUGCGAAUCAAGAGCAAAUAGGAUAAUGCAUGAAUGGUCCUUAUGGUUUGGCAGACAUUAGAGUAUGAAUCGCCGAGAAAGUUGGGAAAAAAUAGAUUUAUUGAAUGUUUACUGGAGCCGUUAUCUAUCGUUUUGGUUUGUUGCUGCUAGAUUUGGGACCGAUAAUUCUGUGUACUUAAAGUGAUGGCUAGAUUUAUAUGUUGUGUAUACUGUUUUGAAUAUUGAUUGUGAAAACGUGCUGGACACUAAUUUAUAUGACCGAUUGGAUUGGGGGCCGGUACACCUCCAUAACACAAACAUUAAUUACCAAAGACAACCCAUUUGUAACACGCACAUUAUAUAAACGUAGACUGCCAAUAGAACGAAUACACUAAACAAAGUUUCUAUUAAUAUUAACAUUUUAUAUUAUACAAUAAAACGAAGGCUGCCGUUAGUUUAAUUUGGAAUGGUUUUUUGAAUUUAUACACGCAAGUUUUAAGCUGGAUGCUCAUUUGCUGUAGUGAGUUGAGUUGUCCGUCCAGUUUUAUACAAUAUUUCAAUUGUAACAAGUAUUAUAAAGGUAGCGUAUAAAUUUAUUGCGACGACAGUCUUUAUUAACUUGAAUAUGUGUAAACGUUACAAAAUAUGCUUGUAAAUACCAUUUGUAUGUCUGUUAUAUCGUUAAGUCGCGUAAUUUUACGAUGAUGACCGUUUUACAUAAUCAACUUUCCAAUGUUGUGAUGCUACCAUGAAAUAAGAUUAGAAAAAUUUGGUCGCUGCGAAUCGAAUGUUCCUUGAACAGUAGUAAUAGGAAAAUACAAUAAAAUUUUAUGCUCGUUUUGCUUAAAUAUGUGACAAUUAUUAUUGUUAAGUUAACUCGUGCAAAAUGUCAUGACUGAUUUUAUUAGUUAGCUAUGCGGCUCAAUUAUGGUUAUAUAUGACCCAUCAAUGGAUCUAAGGUUCAAUGCAUUUAGGGCAAUCAAAGAAACAGAAAAUACUAAAUUAGGGCCUCAUCUAUACCUGCUAUAAUAUAUACUUAUUUAAAAGUUGCAAUAAAUGUUAGGUCUAAAUGAAAUAUCGAGGAGCAAGAAGCGUCAGAAUUAUGCUAUUAGCAGAAUUAUGGAGUUACGAGUGGUUGAGGUAAAUGCUAAGAAUUUUUAUUUGUUUAGACACGUUAAAUCGACGGUAUGACAAUCUCUGAUUGUAUAAGUCGAGUGAAAUAUGGUCGCGAUUCUAACAGUGCAAAAUCUCUUAACGGAACUAAAUUGACGACAUUUAAGUAAAUACCAUAAAUAGUGCUCCCACAAUGUUUUCCGUAAGAAAGGAUAGCAGUCUUUUUAAAUAUAUGGCAAUUUAGUUUUGUUCAGAGAUUUGUGAGAGUGUAUAAUAGAAUGGAUACCAUCUCACUUUCAACUUUGUUUCAAUUUAUUUCGGUUAAACAGAAUCUAAACUUAACUUUAAGUUUCAUUUCUUAAGGCCCGUAUUAAUAAAUCGACAUCGAGCUACCAACAGAAUACCUGCCUAGCGUGCGUUUUUCUGCCUUGUCGAAACAGCGCCAUCUAGUGACCAACUUUUUUCCAGUAUUGUAACUAGAGUGGAGCUUUUGCGUUUUCAUACACAUCGUAAUCAGCUUUCACUGAGGAUCCAGUUCAGUGUUCAGUAUUAACUGAUACUUGAGUACCUGUUCUUAUCUCUACGUCGGUUUAUUAAUAUUGGUUAAAGAGCCUUUCAAUUCAGGCAUUGCAAACAAGAUAUAGUCGUUGCUAGGAAACCUUUACAGACGCCCACAAAUUCACUCAUGUUUGUAUCGAUAUAUCUACAGACUCAGAUACGUUGAUUUGCGGUUUGGUCACGCAUUUGUAAUUACGCGUCACAAUUUUCAACAUCUACCUACUGCCUACAACGCGCGAUUGAUGCGCCAUAGAUUGUCUUAACAAUCUAAGUCACAGUAAUCGCGCGCUGUCGGCGCGCAGUUGUGUGGAUAGCGGGCUUAAACGUGGUUAAAACUUUUUACCAGUGUUCUCUAUAGGAAAAGGUGGCACUUUUCUUAAGUUAUCAACUUAUUUUAUUUUGCUAACUUGCGUGAAGGAUUUAAGCAUCAACUGCGCUUAGAAAAAAGGCUUAUUAUAUCCUUUUGCCCUUAUGUUAAAGAUGCAAUGUUUUAGCUGCUUUUCUGCUUUUGCUUAGGAUAGGACCUCCGAGAACGUUUAAUAGCUACGACUAUCCGUCACGUUAAUAGUGCGUUAUCUGAGAGUAGGAGAGAAAUAUGCCGUGAAUAUAUAUGCCUUAAGACUAGUGCCAUGGUAUUACCAGUGUUUCAUUUUCAAAAAUAUGGCACUAUUUUCGGGUACCACCUUAGUUUAGUUUAGGAUUUGUCAACCGAAAUUUGACCCAGAGUAUAUAUGCAGUAUAGAUCAAUUUCUUCAUUCUUUCUACGGUUAUACCUACACCUGGCGUAAAUGUCUAAAGAUUUUUUAAAUAGAUUUCAUAUUAUGAAAAUUGCAGAUUUGGCGUGAUCAAUUGGAAGACCCCCGCUGAUUUGAUCAAAGCUGUGAUAGCCAGAAACAUGGAUUCUGCAAUUUUGAUAUUUAAAAAGUCUAUCAUAUCCUUGUCUUCUAAUUUUGCCCAUCUCCAAUAUGGUCGGAUAGGUUUAAUUACUUCGAGGAAUUAUAAUUAGUCAACUAAUGCCCUAUACCUAUAGUAUUAUUGGCGCACGAUCGUCGUUGAAUGUUUACAUCCUAUACGGUCAAAGUCAAGAGAGAUUCUUAUUCUUAUUACAAUAACUGGCAGGCCUCUGAAUCUCUACGGCAUUAAAACUGUAUCUGCGCACGAAAUACAUUUUGUGACGUUUCAUACAUCAUUUAGUACAAUGAUAAUGAUUUCAAAAGUGUUUUAACAUUAAAAUGUACUUAAAACUGAGCCCUGAUUCUUUAUUGCAUUUCAACAAUGCACGAAUAUUUUGUGACGUUAAUUUUUCGUCGCAAACUGUGGUUACGUAUGUGUGCAGAGUAAGAGAAAAUAACGGUAGUCUCUUGCUCAGUUAUGAUAAACACCAUUUCCCUCUUUAAAAGGAUGGGCACUACGUAGCUGUCAGUUAAGUUAUAUUCCGAAAAUCUGAGUAUGGAGUGCACGAUCUAAGUUUGUUAUACUGAAGUAUGUCACGAGUUAGCUGCGCAGAUACAGUUUAUAGGAAUUAAAUUCCCAGGUUACAUUUGUACUUGGUAUAUGGGCGAGCGUCUCAAGUAAGAUUGUGGAUACUAUGUAUGCACCAAUAUGAAAUAAAAGGCAUUUCAACCUCGAUUGUUCGCAAAUAGUUCAACAACUAGGGCUUAAUCAAUGUACGUGUCAAUAUUUUGUAUUUUAUAAAUAUUGUAAUAGUUCGCCGUAGAUACGUUAUAACAAUGUAAAAAGCAUGUUGUACAUUAGCAAUGUGUAAUAUAUUACCUAGAUGUCGUAGUUUAGUUAGGUAUAGAUGAAAAUUGUACAAAUGCAUAUUAUUAAAAAUUAAUAAUUUUAUUAAUGAAUUAUAAUUUAAUCAUCUUGUAAAACGCAAUCAAGUAAAUAUACAAAAUUUUCGUAUUUAA